AUGCUCGAUCCCCGACUUCCCCGCGUUGGAAAUUAUUAUGGAGUAUGAUGUUAAUUUAAUUGAGUUGCGAGCAUUAAUUUAUCCAGCUUCAUUCAUCCAUCACUUCGGUUUCCGGUAUGAUGCAUUGCGAGUCCCACGUAGGACAUGCAGUUACUAUCCGUAGCAAUGAGGUAUUAAGAAAGAACCAGAGAUCUGCACCUUGCAGAUUCCGAGUAGGUUACUUAAACUUGUCAAACUUCACCGUUGUCUUUUGCCUGUUAUCCCCUAUCUCUGAUUGAUGUUUCGAAAAUAGAGAAUUGGAUAUUCACAACAUGGCUCGCAUCACUGGAGUCGCACUUCUAAGCCUGGCGCAAGCAAUUCAUGCUCAAAGCAACUUUACUGUUGCUAGCACUGCCCCAGCAAGUGCCGGUACCCCAUUUCCAGCCUUCAUAAGCUACUCCAUUGAGCUCGCUUUCUUUCCGGAUUACGCUGGUAUGUCAAUGGUUCAAAGGCAUAUCAACCAGCUCACGUGCUCACAUUUUUAGGAAAUGCCUCAAGUCCGGGUACUUUUUCAAAUAACCUGCUCAACAAUCUUGCCCACUUCCAAGGUACUAAACCGUACAUUCGAGUAGGAGGAAACACACAAGAUUAUGCUCUAUACGAUGCAAAUCUUCCAUACGCGGUGAAUGGUACAAUUAAUCCAGCGAGGGCCGUGGAUUACCCAACAACUGUUUACAUUGGCCCUUCCUUUUUUGAAUCGUACAGUACUUGGCCAGAUGUCAAAUUUAGUCAUGGAUUCAACAUGGCACUGGGCGCCAACAAUUCUGCUGGAUGGCAGACACUACUAGAUACGAUACCUUUGGCAUGUAAAGCUCUAGGAGGUGGAAAACUUCUCAUGUGGGAGUACGGAAAUGAACCAGAUCUGUAUUCUACCUCUGCACAAGGACCAGUUCGACCUCGGACUUGGAACGAAUCAACAUACGUAAGCCAAUGGCUAAACGGAAGCCGCCAAAUCAAGGAAGGAGUGGCAGCAGCUUGUCCUGAUCUAGCUUCCUAUGGGUUCUUGGCACCCUCCUAUGCGGGUGUUAACAACCAUCUUAAUCCUAUUACGACAUGGAGGGACGGAUUAGAUGUUGAUAAGGAUAUUGAAUUGAUAUCAUCACAUAAGUAUGGUCUAACUCACGAUUUCACAUUCCAAAUGCUAACGGACUGAACAAAGUUAUAUUGGUGGUGCGACACAACCAGGUGUCACACUCCAAAAAACCCUCAUGAACCACACCUCAACCGUGGCGUCUGUCGCCCUUCAACUAAAUGUAUCUAACCUCCUUUCCCCUUUCAACUUACCGUUCACUCUCGGAGAAACCAACUCUCUUUACAAUGAAGGUGCACCAGGGUUGUCAAAUGCAUAUGGUGCUGCUCUAGUACGUUUUCUCCGUGGCCGAUCAUCAUCUAUAAGUAUUGACUUCUAUACAGUGGAACAUAGACUUCGCACUCUACUGCGCAAGCAAGAAUAUUAGUCGCAUCAAGUAUGUAAAGUCCUUAUAAGUCAUUAAUCUCAACAAAAUGCUGACAACCUAUCUCCUAGUUUCCACGAGGGAGUCGGCUUCCGCUACGGGGCUUGGCAACCUCAGGACACGGAUACUGUCACAAAGGGCACAAAAGCUCCGUACUACGGAAACAUCGCUGCAGCUGCCUUCCUCUCUAAUCUUACCGCAUCCACCACAACCAUAGCCGAAAUUCCAUUGACCAACGAGAUGGAAUCCGCUUAUGCAGCUUAUGUCAAUGGCGCUCUAAAGCGCAUCAUCAUUAUCAACAUGCACCAAUACAACUAUACCAUCAAUGGAACAUCUACGCUCUUAAACCCCGACCCUCGUCCAACCAGAAAAUACACCAUCACAAUCCCCACCGACAAGGCAGCUAGAUCAUCACGCGCUAAUGCCCCAGCCGCAUUGCCCAAGUCGGCAACACUAAGAGCCCUUCAUGCAAAUGGUAGUGAUGCAAUCACGGGUAUUACAUACGAUGGAUAUUCUUACAACUAUGAACUCAAUAAUGGACUUCCUGUACGAUUGCCCAAUGUAACGGUUGGACAUACUGUUAAGGCUAAGGAUGGAAAAUUCACUGUACCGGUUGAAGAUUCGGGAGCAGUGAUGGUUGAUUUUGGGGCAUAAAUUAGGUUGUGAUUUCACUGAUAUGUAUAUAUAUAAGAGGGACAUGAAGUGCCUUUUCGGUUUCUUCCUCUGUUGUACUUAGAAUACACAAAAUUAUAUUUUUAGGAGCCUCAUGUUGUAUACUAGGACUCUACUUUAGGUACUGUAAGAUGGGAAUCCAUAUGCAAAAUGAGAUUCAUAAAUACACAUCUCCUUCUGCCAGUCUGAUAGAAAU